UGCGCGUUGUCCCGACUGUGGUGGCAGCGGCGGGGACCCGUAGGUCCGGGGGAAGGCGGGGUGAGGUGGCUCGGUGCUCUACUCCGCUCCGGGAUCUCGGGAGACUGCACGGAGUGAGGGACGGAAGGCCAUCGCCAUGGGCUCGAGUGUUAUCCAGAUCCCAAGCCGGCUCCCGCUGUUGCUGACCAACGAGGGCGUUUUGCUCCCUGGCUCUACGAUACGCAUCAGUGUGGAGACCCCCCGAAACGUACAACUGGUGAAGAGCAGGCUUCUCAGGGGCACUUCGGUCCGGAGCACCAUCAUCGGGGUCAUCCCCAGCACCAGAGACCCCGACAGCGAGGCCGAGGACCUGCCCCACUUGCACAGGAUUGGAACAGCUGGUAUUGCAGUGCAGAUAGUAGGCAGUAAUUGGCCAAAGCCACGCUAUACUCUAUUGAUCACGGGCCUUUGUCGGUUUAACAUACUUGAGAUUGUGAAGGAGAAGCCAUUUCCAGUGGCUAAAGUGGAACAGCUUGAUCGGUUGGAGCAAUACACAGAUGGUAUUGGGGAGUUGAAUGACCUUUCACAGCAGUUCUACAAAUAUGCAGUUCAGCUGGUGGAGAUGUUGGAUAUGUCAGUACCAGUCGUUGCCAAGCUGAGACACUUGCUGGAUAGCCUUCCUAGAGAAACACUGCCUGACAUCCUAGCGUCAAUUAUCCGGACUAGUGCUAAUGAAAAGCUGCAGGUACUGGAUGCUGUUGGCUUAGAAGAAAGAUUUAAGAAGACCAUUCCAUUGCUUGUUCGGCAAAUUGAAGGACUAAAAUUACUUCAAAAAGCUCAUAAAUUAAAGCCAAGUGGUGAAAAGCAGAUUGUGACCAUCCGACCUAUUAGAAAAAACAAUCAAAUUCCAGGACGACAAUUGAAUUUAGAGGCACUUGAGCAGGAAGAUGAUGAUGGCGAUGAUAGUGAUGAUAUUAUCAUACUGGAGAAGAAGAUUAAAAGUACAAAUAUGCCUGAACAAGCAAUGAAAGUUUGCAUUAAGGAGAUCAAAAGGUUAAAAAAGAUGCCUCAGUCAAUGCCAGAGUUUGCUUUGACCCGAAAUUAUCUGGAACUAAUGGUGGAACUGCCAUGGAGCAAAAGCACAACAGAUCACCUGGACCUUUGUGCUGCAAGAGUUCUACUUGACAGUGACCAUUAUGCAAUGCAGAAGCUCAAACAAAGGGUGUUGGAGUAUCUUGCUGUUAGACAACUUAAAAACAAUUUGAAAGGACCCAUCCUCUGUUUUGUGGGACCUCCAGGUGUGGGUAAGACCAGCGUGGGCAGAUCCAUAGCAAAGACCCUUGGCAGAGAGUUUUACAGGAUAGCAUUAGGUGGAGUAUGUGAUCAGUCUGACAUUCGUGGUCACAGGAGAACUUAUGUAGGCAGUAUGCCUGGCAGAAUUAUCAAUGGUUUAAGAAUUGUUGGUGUGAAUAACCCAGUGUUCCUGCUGGAUGAAAUAGAUAAAUUAGGGAAAAGUCUACAAGGAGACCCUGCAGCAGCUCUUUUGGAGGUGUUAGAUCCUGAGCAGAAUCAUAGUUUCACUGACCACUAUUUGAAUGUCCCCUUUGACCUAUCCCAAGUGCUUUUCAUAGCUACUGCCAACACUACUGCUACCAUCCCUCCAGCUUUACUUGAUCGAAUGGAACUCAUCCAAGUGCCAGGCUAUAUUCAAGAGGAGAAGAUGGAAAUAGCUCACAGGCAUUUGAUUCCUAAACAAUUGGAGCUACAUGGCCUAACACCCCAACAAAUUCAAAUUCAACAUGAAGCAACUGAAGGUAUCAUCAGCAGAUAUACCAGGGAAGCAGGAGUACGCUCUCUCGAGCGGAAGAUAGGUGCCAUUUGUCGUGCUGUGGCUGUAAAAGUGGCAGAAAGUCAACAUAAGGUUACAAAAUCUCCGAAAGAAGACAAAGAAUGUGUCCCCGAGGAGACCAAAGAUGAAUCUAUUGCUGAUGUAACAGAUCUUGCAUUGCCACCUGAAAUGCCAAUUAUGAUAGAUAGGCAUGCAUUGAAAGACAUUCUGGGACCUCCCAUUUAUGAAAUGGAGGUAUCCCAGCGUCUUAGUCAGCCUGGGGUGGCCAUAGGCUUGGCUUGGACCCCAUUGGGUGGUGAGAUUAUGUUUGUGGAAGCGAGUCGAAUGGAAGGAGAGGGUCAGCUCACUUUAACAGGGCAGUUAGGAGAUGUUAUGAAGGAAUCAGCCCAUCUCGCAAUAAGUUGGUUGCGCAGUAAUGCUAAGAAAUAUCACUUAACAAACGCUGCUGGGAGCUUUGAUCUCCUUGACAACACAGACAUACAUCUGCACUUUCCAGCUGGAGCCGUCACAAAAGAUGGACCAUCUGCUGGAGUUACUAUAGUAACCUGCCUUGCUUCUCUGUUCAGUGGCCACUUAGUACGCUCCGAUGUAGCCAUGACAGGCGAAAUAACGCUCCGAGGCCUUGUUCUCCCGGUGGGUGGAAUAAAAGAUAAAGUUUUAGCUGCACAUAGAGCCGGUCUGAAGCGAGUCAUACUACCGAAGAGAAAUGAGAAGGACCUUGAUGAGAUUCCAGCCAACAUGAGAGAAGAUCUAGAUUUUAUAACUGCUUUUUGCUUAGAUGAUGUACUUAAUGCUGCAUUUGAUGGAGGAUUUCCAGCAGAGUCGAGGCAUAGUAUUUUAAAUAGUAAACUCUAAGAUUAUUGCCACUUAAAAUUGUUGGCUUAACAGUUGAUAAACGAUUCUUUUAUUUUAAACUACUAUAUAGCGGUGGUUUUCCAGCCUUUCAAAGUAAGGUGCAGUGUGGAGGCCAAAUACUUAUUAUGAACAAUACAUGCUUGUGGUUAACUUUGACCUAUCUAGGCAUUUUGUUUUAUGGUCUAGAGAUAAAGAAUAUAAAAUGGUUAAAGUUCAAUUGUGCAUUACAUGAUUUUGGCAAAAUACCUAAAAGUAGUGUUAUAUUCUGAUAUCUGAUUCCAUAGAAGUUGUAUAAUUAGGAAAUGUAUUUUGAUUUGUUUUCAGUUAUACUGAUGCUUCAAGAAAUCAUUGUACUUGUCUGUUAUUCAAGAUGGCUUAAUUUAUGCAGUGCUGGUUCCAACUGUUAAUUACUAUAAUGUCUAUAAAAUCUAAUCCCAAUUAUGCCAUAUUUUUCUCCAAUAUAUUUGCAUCUCUUAAUUUAACAUAUUUCAUUUUAUGUUUAUUUAGAGAUACCAUGCAGAGCAGGUCCUUAAAUUCCUGAACUGUACAAACUAGUCUUUCUCCUCAAUUGUGAGGAAUGGAGUGGAUUGGAUUUAUCCACCUGUGACUGAUAUUAACCAUGUCAUAAAUGCAAAACCUGCUUUUCUACAUGAUAUGCAGAAGCUAAGCCUGUGGAAAGAUGUUAUGAACCCACAGGAAAUUGCCAAGCCACACAACCAGGUAGCAGCUGUUGUGAAGACAUCAUGCCAUAAGGUUUAUGAAAUUAAUUCCAGAGUGCGAUCUACCUUAAAGUCCUUGUUGAAUAUGAUACAAACAGCAGUGCAAGUGUGCUUUUACUUCCCACAUACUUUCAUUCUCUGUCCAUUGCAGCCUAGCCUGCUACUUGUCCCUACUAUUAGUGGUACUUAAAGUACAAUAUAAUUCUAACUGCCAUGUGUAUACAUUUAGUCUCACUCUGCCGCAGAUGUUCCCUUUGUUGUCUUUAUCCCUCCCUUUUCUCUUGUCAUUUUCUGACAACGGCUUUCAGACCUAAAACCUGGGAAUCUGGACAAAUCACCACCAUUGCAAUGAUACUGAUCGUCAGUAACCUGGCAGUCAGGAUUUGCCAACACGGUGUUUAUUACCCAGUCUGGGUGUCAUGAGAAUAAAUUAGUUCCAGCUUUUAUCACAGUUGACUGAAAUAUUGACAGCUGAAUUCCAAUUGGGGCAAAAGUGAAAGGAUUUGAUGUAGUGUAACUACAAGGGACUUAGUUAAAAGUGAAAGUCAAGGUUCAUUUAUUAUCAAAGUAUGUAUGCAGUAGACAACUGAGAUACACCUUUUCCAGAUAGCUACAAAAUAACACAGAAAUCACAGAACUUCGAUAACAUCCUCCAGAGACAAAGGGAGACCACUCAAAUGCAGAGGGAGAGCAGUGAGGAGAUAGGUGGUCACAAACAGACGCCUUAUCCAGCACUGGUGAGCUAUAGACAGCUUAUCCGGUAGUGAUCCGUCACAACAUGGAAGAAGCAGGUAGUUAGUGCUGAACCCUUGUUCGCCUUCCGCAUUCCCUUCGCCAUUUCAAUCUUCCUGACACUUUAAUUGGCAAAAUGGAGUUGAGCAUGGGCUCUAAGCUUCACCACGCGGUCGGUGCUCAUCUCCUGGAAUGUUCUCUGAGACAGCUGAGCACUAGAUCACUCAGUCGAUCUUCAAACUGUAAACCGCAUUUAAGAUGAAGAGAAGAUGUACGCGAAGUGAAAUCAACAGUUUUGUGGACUACCUGGAGGACCUCACCCAAGGAAUUGAUGUUUGCUGGUGCCAUCUUAACCACAAGACUUGUCUUCCAUUUGAUGUGUAAUGGUUAAAGCCAUAUCUUACAAAAAUUGUUUGUUUGUUGAUGGGCAAUGAUCCCAGCUGCAGGGUAGUAUCUGGGGCUCAUUCACCAUGACCUUCAUUUAGUCACGGAGGUCAGCAAUGAGAUGUUCACCAUUGAUUGUGUAUGAAAUUCUCUGAAACUGGUAGUUCAUGUCUGCAAGCAGUAAAACUAGACAGUAUUCGGGCAUGGGCAGAUAAUAUAAAAUAUUAACCCUAACACUACAGUGAUCACCUUCAACAAGCAACUACAAUUAUGUACCCAGCAACUGUACCAGCUAGAGUGUGUAUGCUGUAGCGAGUGACUUACUGGUACCCAUUCAUAUUUAUUGUAAAUAAUAUAUACUAACAAAGUCAUACAUUAUACUGUAUUAAUGGUACUUGAUUUUUUUUUUCCUUAUUCUUCUACACAAAUACAUUUUCAAAUUUGAACGAAAUCCAAAUCCAGAAACCACUGUAAAACCAUUUAUUUUUGCUGAUGCAGAAAUAGGGUAGGUGGAGAAAAGUGAAGGGAUAACAAACAAUGUUUACUACUUUAUUCUGGAAACAACCUUUCUCUACAAUAUUUGUGUCUGUUAAUUUAGGAUCCAACCCAUGCUCCAAAUGUAAUUCUAUGCGCUUUUUGUUUUUUCAAAAAAACAUUGUAAAAAAACAAAUACAUUGAAAGCCUAUUGGCAUAGCAAUACAAUUUCUAAGCUUUUUUUU